AUGAACAACAAGGACAGUUCCCUUUAUAGAGAAAUGCUGCAGGAGAUUGAGGACGCCAAGACAGGGCCAGCGCCUCCGAAACACCCAGCAUGCAAGAUAUACUCCACUCAGAGAUCGCCUGACGAGCCCAUCAGUGGAAAAAGGUCCAUCCUGGAGGAUCUGCCCUUAGUGAAAGGGGACGAUAUAAAGCGUCUUCUCACAUCCUUCUGGGAGAACCUGCAAGCUGAAGACGUCAGUGAGCAGAAGGCCAAGGCCAAGAUGGAGGACAUGUUUAAGGAGCUGAUUUGUGUGUCGGCCAAUGAGGUCCUUGGGGCGUUAGUGACCUGGAAGAGUCUGUAUGAAUGUUCCCCUGAGUUCAUCGCUCUGGACAGAGUCAUAAAACUCCUCUGUACAGAAGUGGCUCUCACGGUCAACUCUGUGCUGAAGGACAACUGUGGCUUUGAGCGUGUUCUGCUGGUGGAGGAGAAGGACUAUUCCACACCACGGAGAACCCUGCGCCACAUCGCUGCUAAUGCACCAAUGUUCCUGCCACACAUGACCUUCUCAGACCAAUGGGAAAAACUUCUCGAGGCCGAGAUUUCUAAAGGUCUCACUGAAAACGAACUGAAAAGGGGGGUGCUGGACUGCCUCAGAACAGGAGAGAGUGAUGUCUGA